CUCAAAAAUUCUCUUUCAUUAGCAAAACAACUUCAUUCCUUGAUUGUAACGUCUGGGUGUUCCUCAGACAAGUUCAUUUGCAACCAUCUCCUCAACAUGUACUCCAAAUUUGGGCAAACACAAACUGUUGCUGCUUUGUUUGGAAUCAUGCCCAGGAAAAAUAUCAUGUCUUGUAACAUUUUGAUCAAUGCCUAUAUGCGAAGUGGUGAUUUGGAAAGUGCUCGAAAAGUGUUCGAAGAUAUGCGUGAGAGGAAUAUCGCCACUUGGAAUGCUAUGGUUGCGGGUUUGAUUCAGUUUGAAUUUAAUGAGGAGGGUUUGAGAUUGUUAAGUGAAAUGCAUCAAGAUGGGUUUUUGCCUGACGGGUUUACUCUGGGUAGUGCUUUGAGGGGGUGUGCUGGUUUGAGAGGGUUAUAUGCAGGGCGGCAAGUUCAUGGUUACUUGGUUAAAUGUGGGUUUGAGAUGGAUUUGGUUGUUGGGAGCUCAUUAGCUCAUAUGUAUAUGAAAAGUGGAAGCUUGGAUGAAGGAGAGAAGGUGAUUACAUCGAUGCCAAUUCGCAAUGUGGUUGCUUGGAACACACUCAUUGCGGGAAAAGCUCAAAAUGGGUAUUCUGAAGGAGUUUUGGAUCAAUAUAGUUUGAUGAAAAUGGCGAGUUUUAGACCUAAUAAGAUUACGUUUGUGAGUGUGAUAAGUUCGUGUUCUGAUUUGGCGACAUUAGGUCAAGGUCAGCAGAUUCAUGCCGAAGUGAUUAAAGCUGGGGCUGGUUCAGUAGUUUCAGUGAUUAGUUCGUUAAUUAGUAUGUAUUCAAGAUGCGGUUGUUUGGAGGACUCAAUCAAAGCUUUCUUGGAAUGUGAAGGUCCAGAUGUUGUCUUAUGGAGCUCAAUGAUUGCUGCAUAUGGAUUUCAUGGACGAGGAGAGGAAGCUGUCAAAUUGUUUGAGCAGAUGGAGCUGGAAGAAUGGGAGGCAACUGAUGUUACUUUCUUGAGCUUGCUUUAUGCUUGUAGUCAUUGUGGAUUGAAGGAAAAAGGAUUGGAAUUCUUCGAUUUGAUGGUAAAAAAGUAUGGUUUGAAGCCUAGACUAGAACAUUAUACAUGUGUGGUUGACUUACUUGGUCGGUCUGGCUGUUUAGAUGAAGCAGAGGCUCUGAUAAGAUCAAUGCCUGUAAAAGCUGAUGCCAUCAUAUGGAAGACGUUGUUAUCUGCAUGUAAAAUCCACAAGAAUGCAGACAUGGCAGGAAGAAUUGCUGAAGAAGUUCUUAGGCUUAAUCCUCGGGAUUCGGCUUCUUAUGUGCUUCUUUCUAACAUUCAUGCUUCUGCUAGGAGGUGGCUGGGUGUUUCCGAGGUGAGAAAAGUAAUGAGAGAUAGGAAUGUGAAAAAGGAACCGGGUAUAAGCUGGUUGGAGAUAAAGAAUCAAGUUCACCAGUUCUGUAUGGGCGACAAAUCUCAUCCAAAUUCAAUGGAGAUUGAUUUGUAUUUGGAUGAUCUAACGGCAGAGAUGAAGCUGAAAGGGUAUGUGCCUGAUACAGGUUCAGUUUUGCACGACAUGGAUAAUGAAGAAAAAGAGUAUAAUUUGACACACCAUAGUGAAAAGUUGGCCGUUGAGUUUGCUCUAAUGGAAACACCUGCAGGUGCAUCAAUUAGGGUGAUGCGCGUCUGCUAUUAA